UACAGAGUAGUAGCAGAAUAUUAGAAAGAAAGCCUCAUCACUAAUCACAAUCAUCGACGACGACCAGACCUCGCUGCCGAACAGGUAAGUAAGUGGUAAAUGAAAUUUGGACCACAGAGCUUCAAAUUUUGCGAGCAGGAAGAGUAGGUCGAAAUACCGUGAAUUACUUGUUGUCCGGGUACUCAACAGUUCAACCUCACACCCCCUCAACUUACCAACGAACCCCCCUCCACCAUGUAAGUAUCACCAUGGUGUCUUGACUUCAGUUGACAAUAGGAAAUAAAUAGGAUAUAACGAUGCUUUGGUAGAGAGGAGCAACGAUGGAAGAGAUGSAGCAUUCCCCGGUKUCAUCGCGCGSCAGAACUCGAGAAAUCGGCUCUGUCUCCUUCGGAGGGAAACGGUUGGAACKAUUACGAACCAUGAACAAUUUUACUCACGAUGCCUCUCUKUAUUCGCACCCAUUCUGCAAUCGGCUUCCGACUAUAGGUCCCACAGAAAGUUCGAAGCACCCCGAAAGGGUAACUUGGGUUUCUUGCCCAAGAAGCGUACCAAGAAGCAUUCUGGUAAGAUCCGAUCCUUCCCUAAGGACGAUUCCAGUGAUUCCCCUCACUUGACCGCCUUCCGUGGAUACAAGGCCGGUAUGACCCACGUUGUUCGUGGAGUCGACCGACCUGGUGCCCUCAUGCACAAGCGUGAGGUCGUUGACGCCGUUACCGUCGUCGAAACCCCUCCCAUGGUUGUUGUUGGAGUYGUCGGAUACGUCGAGACCCCCCAGGGACUUCGAACCCUCACCACCGUCUUCGCCGAGCACUUGAACGAAGAAUUCAAGCGUCGCAUGUACAAGAACUGGUACCGUGCCAAGAAGAAGGCCUUCACCAAGUACGCCAAGAAGUACACCGAAGACGGAGGCAAGGACAUCGAAGCCGAACUCGAGCGCAUCAGCAAGUUCUGCUCCGUCGUCCGUGUCAUCGCUCACACYCAGGUCAAGAAGCUCAACCUUCGAUUGAAGAAGGCCCACAUCAUGGAAAUCCAGGUUAACGGAGGAGAUGCCGCCGCCAAGGUUGCCUUUGCCAAGGGUCUUUUCGAAAAGGAGAUCACCGUCGACUCUGUCUUCAACAAGGACGAAAACAUCGAUGUCMUCGGAGUCACCAAGGGUCGUGGUUACGAAGGYGUUACCACCCGUUGGGGUGUCACCCGUCUUCCCCGUAAGACCCACAGAGGUUUGAGAAAGGUCGCCUGUAUCGGAUCGUGGCACCCUGCCCGUGUUUCCACCACGGUUGCACGUGCCGGUCAAAACGGAUACUUCCACCGUACCGAGCUCAACAAGAAGGUCUACCGCAUCGGAAAGAAGGACGACAAGGCCAGUUGCCAAACCGAAGCCGAUUUGACCGAGAAGGGAGUCACCCCUAUGGGAGGAUUCGUCCACUAUGGYGAGGUCAACGAGGACUGGCUCAUGCUCAAGGGAGCCGUCGUCGGAGUCAAGAAGCGACCUUUGGUCCUUCGUAAGUCCAUGAUGAAGCACACUUCCCGCAAGCACUUGGAGAACAUCGACCUCAAGUUCAUCGAUACCUCCUCCAAGCUCGGACACGGACGAUUCCAAACCGCCGAAGAGAAGGCCAAGUUCUUGGGUCCUUUGGCUUCCAAGCAACAAGCAUAAAUUAUUUCAAUUAUUAUUUCUGGAAUUUAAUAGUUCGAAGAAUUUAGAUAUUAUUUGU